AUGGGAACUCUGCCGGCGGAGAUCAAGGCGAUAUGGCGAGGUAGACGUCGAGGCGGCAAAGAUGCUCGCCCUGGUGGUGGACAGGCGUCCAUGGUGAGCAGUGUCGUCAAUCUGCUGAACACAAUCGUCGGUGCCGGCACUUUGGCCAUGCCCUCUGUUUUAUCCCACACCGGAAUCAUGCUGGGCAUUUUUCUUAUCAUUUGGUCAGGAUUAUGCGCCGCCUUUGGCCUCUAUCUCCAGUCCAAAUGCGCGCGGUACCUCGAACGAGGCACGUCGUCUUUCUUUGCGCUUUCGCAGAUCACCUAUCCCAACGCGGCGGUCAUCUUUGACAUGGCCAUUGCAGUCAAAUGCUUUGGCGUCGGCGUCUCCUACAUGAUCAUCAUUGGCGACCUGAUGCCUGGUGUCGUGAUGGGGUUCAUUGACAACGCCGAGAAAUCGCCGUACCUGGUUGAUAGGCAUUUUUGGAUCACCGCAUUCAUGCUCUUGGUUAUCCCCCUGAGCUUCUUGAAGCGUCUCGACUCGCUCAAGUACACCAGCAUUGUCGCGUUGAUCUCCAUCGGCUAUCUCAUUGUUUUGGUCAUUUACCACUUCCAUGCGGACCCACAUGCUGCGCCUGAGAACGUUCGCAUAAUUCAAUGGGCUGGUGCUGUUGAGACGCUGAGCGCACUGCCCGUGGUUGUAUUUGCAUACACCUGUCACCAGAAUAUGUUCUCGAUCAUGAAUGAGAUUAAGGACAAUUCACAGCCCAAUAUCGUUAGGGUUAUUGGGUCAAGCAUUGGUCUUGCUGGUAUCAUCUACAUUGUCGUCUCCAUCACAGGGUACAUUACCUUUGGAAAUGAUGUCGUGGCGAACAUAGUGUCCAUGUCCUCCACCAUAGGCAAGGCGGCCAUUGUUGUUCUAGUCCUUUUCUCUAUUCCACUCCAGGUCCACCCAUGCCGGGCGUCUCUAGAUGCCGUUCUCAAGUGGCGGCCCAACAGGAACAGUCGCAACGCCCAGACAAACGCGAGGACGGGCUCUCCGAUGCUUACUGCAUCCGGUGCUACCAGGAACGACCCCGCGGGCCCAGCAGCCAUGUCUGAUGGUCGGUUCGCGUUGUUGACCGCCAUCAUUCUGACUUUGGCGUACAUUACUGCUUUGUCCGUGAACAGUUUGGAUCGCAUGCUGGCUUUUGUCGGCAGCACUGGGUCCACCUCCAUCAGCUUUAUCCUCCCCGGGCUUUUCUACUACAAGAUUAGUGAUCCGGACAGCAUCCACCACCAAAGCUUGAUGAAGGAAGACGACGACAUGGACGACAACGGCACUUCGGACGUGGAAGAUGCAGGCACUCUUGCCCAGAGCACCCACAGCGUGCACAGCAAUGCUUCUGGGAGCAGUCCUUCGCCCGCAACAUGGCGAUGGCGCCGCAAAUGGCGUUGGGACUUUGAUCACAUCGAACACGGCCUGCUGCGCAAGCUUAGUCUUGGAAUCGCCUUUUACGGCAUCGUGGUCAUGGCUGUGUGUUUGAUUAUGAACCUUUUCAUGCAAGCUGGUCAUUGA